CCUCCCACUGAAGCUUCAGCAGAAGGAGGAGGAGGAGGAGGAGCUUUACCUGGGGCUAAGAUGGAGCUGCAGGCGCUUCCCUGGUACCGGAGGACACCCCUUUGGAUCCUCAUCAGGAUGGCUAAAGGGGACCCUAAGAAACCAAAGGGCAAGAUGUCUGCUUACGCCUUCUUUGUGCAGACCUGCAGAGAGGAGCACAAGAAGAAGAACCCAGAGGUCCCUGUCAAUUUUGCAGAAUUUUCCAAGAAGUGCUCCGAGAGGUGGAAGACGAUGUCUGGGAAGGAGAAAUCGAAGUUUGACGAAAUGGCCAAGGCAGAUAAAUUGCGCUAUGACCGAGAGAUGAAAGAUUACGGACCUGCAAAGGGAGGCAAGAAGAAAAAGGACCCUAAUGCCCCCAAAAGACCACCGUCUGGAUUUUUCCUGUUUUGUUCAGAAUUCCGCCCCAAGAUCAAAUCCACCAGCCCUGGUAUCUCCAUUGGAGACGUGGCCAAAAAGCUGGGUGAGAUGUGGAAUAACUUGAGUGACAGUGAAAAGCAGCCCUACAUCACCAAGGCGGCGAAGCUGAAGGAGAAGUAUGAGAAGGAUGUGGCCGACUAUAAGUCUAAAGGAAAGUUCGAUGGUGCCAAGGGUCCUGCUAAAGUUUCCCGGAAAAAGGUAGAAGAGGAGGAUGAAGAGGAAGAGGAGGAAGAGGAGGAGGAGGAGGAGGAUGAAUAAAAAAACUGUUUCUCUGUCUCCUUGUGAGUCCCUUAGAGUAGGGGAGCGCCGUGACUGACCAUCUCUUAGGUUAAAUGCCAGCCGGAUUGCCAUCGUGUAGUCUCUCAAAAUGCUCCAGAAGUUGGCCACGGGGGUCUGGAGCACUGUGGAACUGUAUCAAAGCUGUACAUAUUUCCAAACAUUUUUAAACUGGAAAGGCACUCCAUGUUCUCGCUCUGUGCACUUUGCUGUUGGUGUGUAAAGGCGUUUGAAGAUGUCUCUGGCAUUUGUUUGUUUUUUUGUUUGUAAGGUGGUGUUGACUAUAUGGUUAUUGGCUAGAAACCUUUAGUUACCAACUGUACAUAUCUAGAGUUUGUAAAAAGAACAAAGCAAUCCAGGCAAACCCUCAAUGCCCCCUGCUUGGCACUGAGGGUGUGGGACAAAUGGUCCUGGGAGGGGACCGUAGAGCUGUUGUUGCUAUGGUGGCCGACCAGUUAGCUUCUGUAUAUAGAGUGAUCUAGCAUCCCACUGCCACCCUAGCUGGGGACAGAGAGGGUCAGCUGGCAUGAGAAGUGUUUGGAUUCAUUAUUGUUGCAUUUUUUUUAGUUAAAUGCGGUAGAUGGAAACUGUUUGCUUCCAAACAAAAACUGUGCAACUCUUCAUUUUCGGCAGAGAGCCAAUGAAGGUUCAAGAAACCUCUGUACUUAAACAGGAUUUGCAACGUUGUGUUAUUUUUUUUGUAUGUUUAGA